GUCCCACUUGAUCCCACUUGCGCAUCAUCACAUACAUUUUUUUUGUUUGUUGUUGACUUGUUUCAGAGUAGGCCCAUUUUAGAGGAAACACAACAGUUUAUUUCAUUCUGAAACCGCAUGGGCACCAACUUCUGGUUCAAGAUAUAAUUGAAGAUGGCAGUGGUUGGGAGUAAGUCCUUCAUUUCUGACCUGCACUCAAAAUAUGCAGAAAAGACAUGGAAUGAGACCUUUAAACUGGUUCGCAGGUGUAUGGACAAAUCGAGAGGUGACACCAAACCCUGUGAACCACUGAUUAGGUGUCUGAAAAUACUCCAUGAAUCACUGAAUGUGUUGUCUUUGAGCGCCAUGGCCUCACGGUUGGAGAUAAUAGCCAAACAGAGAGGGAUGGGGUCCCACCUGAGCCCCACUGAGACAACCUGUUACCUCACAGCCGACAUGUUCUACCUAGAGGUCCUACUGCUGCCUGGGGGAGAAGUGGAGGACGUCAAGUUGGCCCAACACGGAGAAGCCCCUGUGUCAAGCGAGUCACUUCUUCAACUGCUAAAGUCAAAGAAGUUUGAAGAAUUCUCAGUGAAACUGAAAGGCCUUUCCUCCCUGUACAACAUCCCUGGAGACAAUGAGACCAAGAUCAAGGUCUACACAGCCCUUCAGUUCUUGGGGAAAGAUCUACAGAAGAUAUCCCAUUUGCCAAGAGCACUAAGGGAGUACAAUCUUCAAGUGGACAUGAUUCUCAAUGGCAGGAUUGGAUAUCUUUUGGCAGGGAGCGAAGGUAUCCCAAUGACUAUCCAAUACUACAUCAGCCCUUCUGACAUUCUGUUGAUGUCCGAUUCAGAGAGGUGCAGUGUUGGCCAGUUGGCCUUGGUGACAGUGGGGCCAACUGACUGUACACACAAGCUCCAGAUGGCAUCUGUCAUCCCACAGCCACCUCAGCUUGACGCCCAGGGUCUACCAUUGUUCAGUCCUCUCUGUGAGGUGCUCUCUGGAAUGAUGCCAGCCUGCUUCCAGCUCAAACUGCAGCCACCCCUACCAAUGCUCUCUUCCUUUGUUGAGAAGCUCAGCCAAAUUACAGAUGUUGCCAUAGCUGAUACUGACCUGCAGUGGGCACCUUUUCCCCAGUUGAUGAUGACCUUAUUAAGGGAAAAUGGUGGCGACAAAACAUGGGAUGGCCAAGAUGCCCACUUUCUAGUGCCACUCCCAGGUAGAGAAAUGCACAGCUAUGUGCUGCCAGGGGCUGCAUGGGAAGAAGCUGCUCUGAGGGGGGCGCUGGUGAGUACCAUUCCCUUCACCCACCCCGCCCAUGUCCCUGCCCUACUGGAGCUGCUCCGCCACCAGUGUGCAAUUAACACUCUACUGGCCAGCUGCAUUACCUCUCACAGGCCCAGCCCAGGUCCAGUGUGUGACCUAUACUGCGAGGUCCUCCCUGAGUCAGGUUCCAGCCUCUCUGUGACCUUUCACCUAUCUGACAGUGACUCUCUAUCUGUUUUGCUGGUGAAUGUGGCAGACUCCCAGAAGCUCACCUGCAGUCUGUUUGCAGUGAGGUCAGAGGAUCAAUCCAUGGAUGAAUACGUCUCCAGAGUCCUAAAGAGAUGUAUGUCUAUUCCUGUGACCAUGCGUGCCUUGAAUCGGAGGCUGUCCAAGAGGACCUGUGGAGAACCUCUACCUGCAUGCUCCUCCACCGUAUCCACUGCAGAUGGCAGCCCUGCUUCUCCUCCUCUCCCCAUGUCCUGUGAGGCUGACAGCCAGAAGAGAGACUGCCCUGGCCUGGAGUCCAUUGGCAUCCCUACUACCCCCUCUACUGCUGCCAUGUUCUCCCAGGAUGCAAUGGGGCCGGAUGCCACCCCGAUGGAGGCAGAGUCUGCCUUCUGUCUGUCUGUUACUGAAGUCAAUACAAACCCUACUGUCAACCCUUACCCCAGUGCCUCGGUGUGUGUGUAUUCACAUUGGAUGCACAACAACCAUCUCCCAGAAUUUAUCUAGUCAGUUUAAUGUGUGACCCACAAAGGGGUUAAAAUGUUUAAGUGAUAAUUUUAUUGAAUGGUUCUAAAAUAAAGUUGAGUCUUUUGA